CCCACGGUGAAUGGUCGGUAAAGUUCACGUUUCUUUUCCCCCAAACCCUAAGCGGUCGGUUACACAGCUGAAGGAUAGUAUUGUUUCCAGGUUGCUGCGUUCGACGCGAUAAAGCUCUCAAUUCCAUUUGGAACUGUGGUAAUCUUUAGCUAAGAGCAUCGGAGGAGCAGGAGUUGGAGGAGAUCGCGGGCGAUGGCGGCAAUUGCUCUGGCUUCGCUCCCCCUAGGGUUCCGAUUCCACCCCACGGACGAGGAGCUCGUCAACCACUACCUCAAGCGCAAAAUCACUGGCCGGAUCAAGUCCGAGAUGCAGGUGAUUCCCGAGAUCGAUGUCUGCAAGUGCGAGCCGUGGGAUCUUCCAGAAAAAUCCCUAAUUAGGUCGGACGAUCCCGAGUGGUUCUUCUUUGCGCCCAAGGAUCGAAAGUAUCCCAAUGGUCACAGGUCCAACCGGGCGACUGAGGCCGGCUACUGGAAGGCCACGGGGAAGGACCGGGUCAUACGUUCCAAGUCUUCCGCGGCGAAGAGUACAAUCAUCGGCAUGAAGAAGACGCUGGUCUUUCAUCGGGGGCGAGCUCCCAAGGGCGUCCGGACUAACUGGAUUAUGCAUGAGUACCGCACUACCGAGCUUGAGUUCGAGUCUGGCGAUCAGGGUGGUUAUGUUCUUUAUCGCUUAUUUAAAAAGCCAGAAGAGAGGAUUUCAAGCACCAAUGGCGAAGAGAUGGAGGUAAAUGGGUUCUCCCCUGGCGAUACCCAGCAUGAUGCAGAUAUGACGGAAGAAACUGAAACCCAGAUGAAUCAUGACUCUCCAGAGUCGGACUUGCAAGAAGAGCCACAAUCUAUGCCUGAUUCUGUUCAAAAGCAACCUGCCGAUAUUGAGAUGUGGUUGACUGGUAAAACUGACGGUUCAACUAGAGUCUCUGUGAAACCAGAGAUGAAUUGUUUCAAUUUGGAUUCACCUGAUGAAGAGGCGAAAGCAAGAGAAAAGGCUGAUCCGCCGCAAGUUGCUUUCGCCAAAUUUUGCGACCAGGAGUUUGCACAGAUAGGUCAUGGUGUCCCUAAUAUCAGUUCCCAAAUUCUGCCUCACUCAAGUUAUCCUUUACUUAGCGAUAUCAAUGAGGAAUUACAUAUAGGAUUAUAUCCGGUUGAUAGUACUGUUGGUGAUGAUCUGGAUGCAAUCUUAAAUUCAAUACUCAGUGUAGAUGAUUGUUCUUCUGGUGCAUCAAUCAUUCCAAAAGAACCAUUUGCUGAGAGUUUACCUGAACACAGUCCCUGGGACUCAGCAUCACACAUGGAUGGUGAAUCAAGCAGUGAUAUUGAGACUGAACCGAGUUUACUGCAGCAUGCUGCAGAUUUGGAAACUUGUGAAUGGUGCUGUGGGUCAUCUCUUCUGCCGACUGAUUCCUUGCAGAUAGAUGGUUCUGUUGUUUCUCCUGGCGCAACGAUGCAGUUGAGUACUCUAUACGAAAAUGCAAGUCUGCUUCCUUAUGACAUUAGUGGGCCAGAUGUGUAUUCGGUGGACUAUGGUGCAGAAUCCUUGCAAGAUUUGUUUAACAGCUUGGAGGAACUGGGUAGCCAAAAUCCUAUAUCUGAUUGUAGGGAUGAUCUUGAGGGGACUGGAAUCCAGAUUAGGAGUCGUCAGGCACAGCAGUAUCAACCAAAUUCAGACAAUUUAUUAUUGAAGCAGGGUACUGCAGGAAGAAGGCUUCGUUUGCAAAGUUCAAUUAGGAAGGUACAAUUUGGUAGUGCUAGUGAUGAAUUGAGCAGUACAAAUGAUGAUCGAGACAAAGAAUCAACUGCAGAAGCAAAACGGGAAUUGUUUUAUAGCAUGGAGGAAGCUAUAUCCGAGAAGAAUGUGACAAAUACGGAUGAUCUUAUGGAUUCUGGAAUUAAGAUUAGGGCUCGGCAAGUGCAGCAUUCUGCAAAUAAAUUAUCUACGCAGGAGGUUCAAACAUUAAGUGAAUUCACUCGACAUAAUGAGCUUCUAUUUGGAUCCAUUUCUGAUGGCGAAUCAAGUAUCAGAAGCAAUUUUGAGGAUAAAGUUGGAAGAACAGAGGCAGGAGACCAUGCGGAUGAUGGCAUAUCUGAAAGUGAGGAGAGUAGAUUGCCUGCUUUUCUUGACAAGCUUGAGGACUUAUCUAUUCAUGAUGAGACAUCGAGUAAGUACCAAAAAUCCAAAUCUGUGCUCAGGUCGAGAAGAACGUCGACAAAUGACAGUGACAAUAUACCGACAUACCCUUCAAAUCGAAAGGCACCAAGGAACCAGUCGGUUGUCGCUUACAUGAUUUUUUUGGUUUUCUUGGUGGUCAUCUUGCUGCUGUGUCUCAGGAUAUGGAGGAGCAUGAACUAUCCAGCUGUGUAAAUGUCAGUGCCAGUAGCAAAAACAAGCUGAUGUGCAGGGUUUUGAACAACAAGAUGAAGCUUAGGAUUUACCCAGCAGAAUCUGAUUGCUAGGUUGGUAUUGCCAACCUUCUCUAGUAGAUACUGGUUACAAGGUUUCAACAGAUGCGAGAGAUAGAAUAGUUCAGCUUGAGCAAACAAGAAGACACAGCACAAACUUAGAGAGACUAUUUCUAUUUCCUUUUAGCACUCGGAUCAGAUCAAGACACCAGACUUGGACUUGAAUUCUAGUGACGUCCUUAUGCCCAUUGAUCAUGAUAUCAGUUGCAUGCAGUUCAAGAGUCCCUACCCAGCAGGAAGUUGAUCUCAAACUCGCUGUCUACUUGGCAUGGCAGCUUGAGGAGUUACCGAGUGCUGAUGCCCAUUAAUCGAUAACACAUCUCAGAAUAUGGUAAGAAAAUUUUGGAGCACAGAGCCAACAAAUCAUUCAAUAUUGGUCUAUGCUCCUCCAAGUUUGAAGUGUUUGAAGAGAAGACAUCACCCAUGUGAUGAUGGGAUACUCUCAAACAAAUGUUUGCAUCAAUCUUUUUUUUUUAAUAUAUUAAUUAUAAUAUCUAUUCAA